CGCUUUUUGCGCUCCAAACCUUUAACUGUCAUCGCGUACCAACCCUUAGUUGACAUCGCGCAACCGGCCAAGUUAUUCUAACUAGCCGAUUAAUUUUUUAUAAGAGUGAUGUAAAAAAAUAUAUUUAUUUUAGUUGUGGUACCGCUAAAAAUUGACAAAAAAAAUGAUUAUGAGGUGGUGCAUUGUGAUAAUUUUAAUGGGUACCUUCGCCGUUGAGGCUUGCGGACCGGGUCGCGGUGUCGGUCGUCGGAAAAUUGGUAGAAAACUUACCCCUUUAGUUUUUAAACAGCAUGUACCUAAUGUGCCGGAGGUUACGCUAACUGCUAGUGGGGUUGCAGAAGGGAGAAUAGGAAGAAACGAUAGCAGAUUUAAUGAUUUAGUACCGAAUUAUAACGACGACAUUAUUUUCAAGGAUGAAGAAGGUACUGGAGCUGAUAGAUUAAUGACCCAGAGAUGUAAAGAAAAAUUAAACACCCUCGCCAUUUCAGUGAUGAACAUGUGGCCUGGAGUGAAACUUCUCGUGACGGAGGGCUGGGACGAAGAGGGGUAUCACACUCCUGAAUCGUUACAUUACGAGGGCCGGGCCGUCGACAUCACUACCUCCGACAGGGACCGGUCCAAGUAUGGAAUGUUAGCCAGGUUAGCCGUAGAAGCCGGCUUCGACUGGGUAUACUACGAGAGUCGAUCUCACAUACACUGUUCUGUCAAAUUAGAGUCUUCGCAAGGUACCAAAUACGGUGGCUGCUUUCCCGGUGACAGUACAGUCGUCACAUCUACUGGCAAUACCAAAAAACUAUCCGAACUUAGAAUAGGCGAGAAAAUCCUAUCACAAGAUCCAUCUACAAACAAAUUGAUUUUUAGUGAAGUGCUGUUAUUCUUAGACAAUGAUCCCAAUCAAAAACGAGAGUUUUUGAAUUUAACUCUUUCCUCCAACAGAACAUUAGUGAUCACUCCAAAUCACUUGGUGCUAAAAGAAACCGCAGAGGGUGUUCGAACAGUAUUUGCCGAAAGUAUUAUUGUAGGUGAUAAGCUUUUAGUUAGUGUAUCAAACAAUUCGAAUUUAGUUAGUGAUAGUGUGAUAAGUAUAACUGCUGUCUUGAGGACAGGAGUUUAUGCACCCUUAACGGAAGUGGGGACUGUUGUUAUAAAUGACGUAGUGGUUUCGUGCUAUGCCACAGUAGACAGUCAAACAGUGGCACAUUGGGCUUUCUUACCACUCAGGUUGGUGUGGAACUUCAAACAAAGUUUAUGGAAAGCGUGGUCCGUAGUUAGUAAUCCAUUUAGCACUAGAUCUACUGAAAAUCUUGUUCCAAAACAGAUCGGUGUGCAUUGGUACGCAAAAAUUUUAUAUUCUAUGGCCCAUUAUGUAAUUCCUUCACAUUUAAACGAUUAAUUUUGUAUUGAAAUGAGGUUGCAGGCCAGUGAAAAAUGUACAUUGAAUUAUUUAUUGUGUUAAUAUAAAUUCUUUUUGUUAAAUUUUGUCUUGUAAAGUGAAAAAAUGUAAAUAUAUUUGUAUAUUGUGUAUAGUAUAUCUAGCUAUUGAUUUGAUCGACAUUUUUCAAGUGUUACUUAUUAUUUUGAAAAUACAUUACUCAAGUACCGCGACUAUUUAUUUUGUUGAUGCUUAAUUUGCUAUUCCUUCCUCACAGCAAAUUUUAAUAUCACCAAAAGAAAUAUAACUACGAAAUUAAUAUUUAUUACCUUAUUAUAUAUCCGCAAGCAUUUUAAAUAUUCAUAAUGUAGGCGUUCUUCAAUUUCAGAUCCGUUAUGUGGUAAUGUUUUGUUUUUUUUACUAGUAGUUAUCACUUCUUGCAUUUUUUGUCUCAUGGUUUUAAUACUAUUAUCAUUUAGAACUAUGUGUCUGUGUCAUUGUCAUAUUCAACAUUCGUGUGAACUCGAAAUAACUUUUGGUUCUUAACAAAAUGCCAAAAAUAGUAACACUAUUAGAGACCAGCUUAUCUGAUAAUAAUGAAUUAAGAAAACUACAAGCUGAUAUAUUCAAUGAUUGCUACUUUCCAAAAUACACACUUAUAUCUAACAUAAUGUAAUGAUUUUCGUAUUUAUUUACACAGUUUCUAUUCGUGGGGUGAAUCAAUAAAAACUGCCUUUCACAUUCUCAGUUUAUUUACACACUAUACAAUACACUUAACUCUUAAUUUACCUAUAAAUAUCUUAAACAAUUUUUGAGAUUACUUUUACUAAUUCGUUCUUUUCGCUCCGACUAUUUAUUUAAAAGUAACUAUACUGCACUACAUAAACCAAUUUAUAAACCACAAAUAGAAUUUUACAGAGUUUUAGAACAAAAAGAAACACAAGAAAUAAAUAAACUUUCCUAGAAAUUAUUUAAUAGAAAUACUGUAAAUAAACCGUCCCCUAUAAUAGAAACUUCUAAAAGGAAACAUCAAAGGCGAUUCCGCCAUUUAUAAAAAAUGUGAAUGACACCGCGCGGAUUCGCCAAAUUCUUAAAAUUACAUAGUAGCUGGACAGGGCUCGCCUAGGGAACCAUCUUGCGAACUAACAUUCACAGUUUUCCAACAUUUCCUCUUAUGUGUUCUACUCAUCCAUACUUCUUUAAUGUCCGUUUCAUAAAGCAAGAAGACAAAGUGCAAGGUUAACAUAUAGCUUAGGGUGAUUCUUGUAUGUUGGUUUAAGUAUCUUGUUACUCCAUCACAACUACCAAUAACCAAAUCUAAGCUUUUAUUCAAUUUCUUCAUACACAUAUAAUAAAAGGAAACAAAUGAAUAACAAAAAGAAGUCACUCUAACUCUAGCUCAUGCAGGCCAUCGAAGCAAGGUUCCUACGCUAUGUCAAAUCAAAUAUUUAUCUCCUUGUGCUAAUCAGAGCUUAUCAGUUGCGAACGAUAUGUAUCUAGUUUCCUCUUCUAUUCCGGAUCAGGAGCCCUGCCUGUAUUGUAUCAGUAUUAACCUAAUUACACGUACCCUGUGAUCACACCUACCAGAAUUCUUGCAACUCCUCUACUUUGAUUUAUUAUUUCCACCGACAAGUUUGACGGAUUUGUCCUGCAGCCAUAUGACUGGAGUCAUGUCUUUUCUUUCCUACUGCUGAACGAUCGUUCCUUAAUCAGUGACUGAGAGAUCCACAUUGCAGAUUAAGGUCCUGUUAGGGGUUCAAGCUUACUCAAGUCGUCGGAAAUUUAUUAUGGCUGAGCUGCCUAUGUUAAGAGAUCUAGAGCUUUAUAGCCAUUACCAGAGCUAUGUGCAUCAUAUGAUUUCAAUCAGCAUUCCAAUGCUUUGUAUUGCUAUUAGUAGCAACAAAACAAAACAAAAACAAAA